AUGGCGUCAGCUACCAAGAUGCAUUGGUUCUGUGACAUGGGGCUGUACCACGCAGACGUGUCAGAGAAGCCCAUGUCCCUGCGGACGGCGUCCUGGUCGCUGCUGGAAUUCUCCGUCGCCCCCCUGAGCCAGCCGCCGCCCCCCAACGACACGUCCUGCGACAACGUGCCCGAGGUGUGGAAGGCGCUGCAUCGGACGUUGCCCACCUUCAUCGUGGCCGUGUGCGCCCUGGGCCUGCUGGGGAACCUGUUCGUGCUGUCCGUCUUCCUGGUGCCGCGCCGGCGGCUCAGCGUGGCCGAGAUCUACCUGGCCAACCUGGCGGCGUCCGACCUGGUCUUCAUCCUGGGCUUGCCCUUCUGGGCCGAGAACAUCCGCAACGAGUUCCACUGGCCCUUCGGGGCCGCGCUGUGCCGCGUGGUCAACGGGAUGAUCAAGGCCAACAUGUUCAUCAGCAUCUUCCUGGUGGUGGCGAUCAGCCAGGACCGCUACCAGGUGCUGGUGCACCCGGUGGCCAGCAGGAGGCGCCCGCGCCGCCGCCGGGCCCGGGCCACCUGCGCGCUCAUCUGGGCGCUGGGCGCGGUGCUGAGCGUGCCCAGCUUCCUGCUGCGCUCCGUGAGCGCCGCGCCCGGCCUCAACGUCACGGCCUGCGUGCUGCAGCUGCCGGACCCGGCCUGGCACUACGUGCGCCUGGUGCAGCUCAGCGUGCUGGGCUUCCUGCUGCCGCUGGCCGCGCUGCUCUUCUUCAACGGCCACAUCCUGAGCGCGCUGUGGGCACGGCGGGAGGUGCCCGGCGCGCAGGGCGCGGGGGCCCGGGGCAGCAAGACCACGGCGCUCAUCCUCGCGCUGGUGGCCGCCUUCCUGCUCUGCUGGGCCCCCUACCACUUCUUUGCGCUCCUGGACCUGCUGUUCCAGGCGGGCGCCGUGCAGGGAUGCUUCUGGGAGGACUUCAUCGACCUGGGCCUGCUCGUGGCCAACUUCUUCGCCUUCCUCAACAGCUGCCUCAACCCGGUGCUCUACGUCUUCGUGGGGCGGCUGUUCAGGACCAAGGCCUGGGAGCUCUACGGGCAGUGCACCCCGCGCAGCCUGGUCUCGGCCACCUCCACCCACAGGGAGAGCCACCAGCUGACCGGGUGGAACUAG